AUGCAUUAAGGAUAAUACAUUAAAAAUAGUCCUCUUGGAUAAUUAGAAGAUUUUAGAAAAGAAGUCAAAACAAAAAUUAAUAAAAAAAAUGAUCCAUCUAAACAAUUAUCUUUUUAAACAAAUAAUUCAUCAACCCUUUCACAAUUACUUAGAUAAAGAAUCAUCCCUAAAUAAAAUAAUGAACUCAAUAAAUCCCAAGAAUCAUCUAGGCAACAAUUGUCUAGCAGAUUAUCAUUUUAAAGAUCUAGUCUAGAUCUAGGAAAACCAACUUAAAAGUAAAUUUAUAAUAAUCAUUUAGCAUUCUAUAUCCAAAAAUAUAAUUAUAAGAUAUUAUACCUUUAAAUAAAAUUCUUGAAUUAUAACGAGCUAUGAAUAAUUAUGAUCAUCCUACAAACAAUAAGUAUUAAUUGUUUUCAAUUUUUUUUAGUUAUUUUAUUGAACUUAAAAAAUUAGCUAAAAUUGUAUUAAGAGAAACUUAAGGAUGA